AUGGAGAUCGUUCAGUUCACUGAGGGCAUGGUUCUGACGGAGUUGAUGAGGCUAAAGGAAUCAAAAUCACCAGAUCCCCAUGUGAUUUCGGCGAUGAUUUUGAAGGAAUUCACCGGUGAGUUGGCUAAGCCACUCUGCAUGCUUUUCCAUACAUCCUUCGAGACCGGAUAUCUGCCACCCGACUGGAAGUCGGCGUGGAUUACGCCGCUGUAUAAGGGCGGAAGUCGAAUCUCUGAGAACAGUUACAGACCUGUCAGCCUCACCUCCAUUUGCUGCAACAUUAUGGAGAAAAUAAUAAAGCAACAAUCAAUGCAGUUCCUUGAACAAAACCGUCUGCUUUCCGAUUCCCAGCAUGGAUUCCGCAAAAGCAGAUCCUGUGUGACAAACUUGCUCUACUGUCUGGGACACUGGACCCGGGCUGUUGAUAGAGGAGAUGUGGUGCAUGUCAUUUAUAUCGACUUUAAAAAGGCCUUCGACGCUGUACCUCACCACCGCCUUCUAUACAAACUCAGCCGUACGGGAGUGCGAAGUAAGCUUCUGAUGUGGAUUCGAAGCUUUUUACUCGGCCGCUCUCAAGCCGUCCACGUCAGUGACGAGCAAUCUGCCGAGGUUGCCGUUAGGAGUGGUGUUCCCCAAGGCUCUGUUCUUGGCCCUACAAUGUUCCUCGCAUACGCCAACGACUGCGCAAACGAACUGGAUUGUGAUGUCGCAAUGUUUGCUGAUGACAUAAAGAUCUGGAGUACCAUACGAAGCGGAGUUGACGAGGCGCGACUGCAGACAAAUCUAGACCGCCUCGAGCAAUGGUCAAAAGACUGGCUUUUACCGUUCAACGUCAACAAGUUUAACUUCCUACGUGUCGGCGGAACCAGUUUUCCUAACCGCACGGUCUACCGUCUGACUGGUAAACCACUGCAAGAAGUCGACGCCCAGAAGGAUUUGGGUAUAUGGAUCACAACCUCGCUUAAGCCUUCGCUGCAAUGCUCAAGGGUAGCCAAGUCGGCGAUGUCCAUUCUAUACCCCGUCAAACGGGCGUUCUCUUACUUUGAUGAAGACUGCUUCGCCAAGGUCUUUCGAACUUUAGUGCGACAACAUCUGGAGUUUGCUAUGCAAGAAUGGAGGCGCUGGACAGCUAAAGACCUCGGCAUACUCAAGAAAGUUCAACGGCGAGCAACGAGACUUGUAUCUGGACGAAACACGAUUAACUAA